AUGCAGGGUUACGAGGUCAUCGCAACAGACUACAUCGUGGGCGAUGGUCUCAAAAGCCUCGAGUGUCGGCAUGCUCAGCUCAACAUUCGGUCUCCCGAAUCCAUCUCAAACUUCGUCUCAUCACUGUCCGGUCAGCCAAUCGACAUGCUCCUCAACGUCGCUGGAACUAUGGCUCGACAUGAAGACGAUGCUCUCGGGUCUGUCAACAAAGCUACAUUGACACGCAUUUUCGAGACGAACACUUUUGGACCUCUUCUACUCACCCAAGCACUACUACCGAACCUCCUAGAUGCCUCUGGUGCAAUGAUCGGCAUCGUUUCUUCGCGCGUAGGUUCUAUUGCCGACAGCUCUACAGGCGGCAUUUAUGCCUAUCGUGCUUCCAAAGCUGCCGUCAAUUCAAUCGGAAAGAGUCUGGCCAUGGAUCUCAAGGACAAAGGUGUUGUUGUGUCUCUACUACAUCCGGGAAUCUUCAAGACUGGUCUGUAUUCCACUGAUGCGGAUACAGCUGAAGCCAUUAUGCCGGAUGAGGCUGCUACUAAGCUCUGGAAAGUCUGGAAGUCCAAAGAUAUGGAAGAUACAGGCAAGUUUUGGCAUCGUGAAGGACAGGAAUUGCCUUGGUAG